AUGAGUUCGCCGACACCUCAUCUCAGAGAGCUUUGGCUAAAAGCUACCCAGACACCAGAUCAAGUCACUGAUGAUGAACGGCGCACAAUUCUCCGAAUGGUUGACCGUGAUACGCAGGUCGCCAACGCCCUUAAGAUUAGCGGGCUGACUCCCGAAGAGCUCGAGAAGAAACUUCUCACCCAGCCAGAAUCAUUGACAGAGCAAGAAUGCAAUCUCAUACAGAAUGGUUACCAUAUCUGGACCGACCAAGAAAAGUCCGCACACAGUACUUUCCGUUGGCACAUUGAUGAUCAAAUGGCCUACAUACCAGCUUUUGUUGCUGUACAAACUCCGCACAUAGAGGUUGUCAUAAGAGCAGUUUCUCGGUGGAUGACUGCACUAGGGGAUGAACGUCUCAAAAUUACACAAAUGAAAAUGAAAGAAGAUUUGGAGACGAUGCAUCAGCCUUGCAAAUGGGUACAGAAACUCAUCGACCACUCUGAGAUAUGGGGCUUUGUUAUUCUCAGAGAUAGAGCAACCCAGUAUAGCGAGGAAUUCUGGAAGAUCUUUCUCGAUAAACUGGAAACAGCUAUCUGUUCGUCAAUGAGAGGAUUCAUGACUGGACUGACCGGCUUUCAAUAAAUAGACACAACGAGACGAUUCAUUUGGAGAGAAGCCUUGGUAGAUGCGAAUGAUACUGAGGAACUUUACAGGUAAUGCAUAACAGAUAUUCUGUUUCUACGUAACCUCCACUGACAAGAACCAGGGCUUUCCAAGAGACUCUUCAGUCAAAUGCAAACACCAGUCCAUAUAUUAUAUCCAACACCUUUCUUCUCGUCACGCCUGAAGUCAUAUCAUCUUUCAUGGAUAACGACGCGACUCACACCUCACCUCCGUGGAUCUGGGCAUACGAAGCCAAUGGUGCUCCUGUUCCUGCUCCUACAGAAGCAACAUACGAAGAGAACAAAUACGAAGGAAGGCUCAAAGUGACUGCUUCCACAAUAUUCACCUGGUUCUACGCCGUGCGAGCACAGAAAAAAGAGCUCUAUAGCAUGGAAUUGUUCUGGAAGAAGGCUCAACAACAACCCGCCAAAGCCUGGCAAGUCUCAGCUAUUAAGGGAAGGUACCACGACCCACUUGUUCUGCUCGCCUUGGGUACGCAUUGGCCCUGGUGGACGUGUGAACUUGAUAAUGAAUAAUAAGCCUUGAUAGCAUGCAAAAUAGCGACAACGCACUGGACACCAAGUCUCCGGUUCUUCUUGAAGUAUAUUUGCCGUUUCGUAAGUAAGUCUUCUAGGUAAAAGUAAGGAGUAGAAGAGGGUUAUUUUCGCGAAUAACAUUAGUAAAUAUAACUUUGUUAAGUACGUGUAGGAGUAAUAGAUAGGAGUCGUAU